GGCAAGACAACAGAUGGAUAGGGGGUGUCUUCCGUGGAGACAUACAUGGGCUGGCUACUGCGAACGGAGAGCGACCGAUCUUCGGAAGGAGGCAUGAGCCCGUUGUCCUUGUCGUCGAUGGGCUGAUGCAGGAGGCUUCUCUCCCCCGGUUCUCCCCGGAGCGCGUCCUCUGGUGUGUCCCGCUCACCGCUCACAACGCUCAUCCUCCGCCGUCUGGCCACUCGGAUACCCCUGUGUAACCCUUUUCCGUUUCCGCUUGCCCCGACCGAAGAAGCUGCAAUCAAAGCAAAUGGUUGCUGUGAAACUCGGCAUGGUGAGAUCUGCGCAUUCUUCUCGCCGAAGCCCGGCUGGUGCCUGUGCGCGGGAACAUGCCGAAUCCCGUCUCUUCUUUUCGCCGUCUCUACCACACCCGCUCCCCCACCGUCCUACCAAGGUAGUAGAACGACCACUCACCACUCCCCCCCGGGUUCCCGGGCGUUCCUAGCCACGUCCAAUGAAUGCACGCGCCUCACUUUUUUUUCCCGGCUCGUCGAGUAUCUGUGCCGCACCCGGCACCGGGAUGCAUCUCGCUCUCGUUGCAUGGCUUACCGGAAUAGCCUUCACGAGAGGCAAACCCGGUGGGCAGAAAUGGGUAUAAGUAAGGGAGGAUUCUCUUACGGGAGCUGGCGGUCUCCUGUAAGCACCCAUCGUCACCUUGGACCGGUUUGGCGUAACCCAGAUGCUUGUGCGUCUUGUAGACACUGAGACCUCUCAAUAUCAAACUUCACUGCAAGGGGGUCUCCUAUUCAAGAUGGCACCCGGAGCUUCUACUACCCCUUCGAUCGACCUGCGCGCCCAAAUCAUUGAAAACUGCGAGUUCUUCAGCAAACCAUAUGCCCGUUUGUCGUUGGUCAUUGCGAAAGAACCACUGGGGGGCCUCAGGGCUAUCGUGGUGAAGACUGAAGAUGGCACCCGAGAAGCCUUGCUGUCCGAAGCAGCCUCGUCCCUCAACGAGGCCCUCCAAGCCCUUCAUGUCAAAUCCGCAGAGGCAGUCCAGAAUCACAUCUCUAGUAACGGAUUCGCCUUGGUGAACACGGCCAAGGAGCGGAGCUUUGCACUCGAUGACGAUAACGACGACGACGACGACUACGACGACAGGGCGCACGGGAGCGAUUCUUCCACCGUGACGCUGGACGAGGGCGAGUCUUUGUCCGACGACGAGACCGUCUCGGUAUGCUCGGUGGGCAGGGCCAAGCGCCGCGGCCGAAAGGCGGACAAGUCAGCCAAGGCGAGCUCGGCGAGGCGCAAGACGAAGAGACAGGGUCGCGCCAGGUCCCGCUCCCCCUGGCGUUCCGCGGGCUCUGCUCGUUCUCGGUCUCGGUCGAGCUGCUCCGGCUCUUCGGGCUACGAACUGCACUACGACCCCCCGGCCAUCCCCUCCCGCCGCCCACCCAUCCUCCACGGCUUCUCUCAGCGCAUGCCUCCGCGCCCGCCUCCACGUCCGCCCCAAGGCACCUUUCCGUUCAUUCCAAGGGGGCAUCCCGCGCCUCCUCCCCCACCGCCGCCGGGCCCCCGGCCCUUCUUCACCCGCGCUGCGUACGGCGGCAUGACCAGCAUGCCUCCACCACCCGUUCGCGCUUCUCCCUUCUCGGGGGGCAACAAGGCACCCCUGCAUACAACCAACCACAACAGUAACGACAAUAACCCCGCCAGCACGAUGAUGCCAACCACUACCCCAGCCUCUCCCCUUAGUCACCACCCCGCCACUCACCAGUACCAGAACCGGAAUUCCUACCAGAACCAGUGCCACCAACCAGAGCCGCAACCGCAACCGCAACCGCAACAGCAACCACAACCGCUCCACGACCUCAUCCUCCACAUCCGCUGGCGCCACCACGGCGAGCGCCGCAUCGUCCAACAGACGUCGCAGAUCACGGUGCGCGGGCUCCAGCAGUCGGCUCUGUCCUUCGUCAAGCAGCAAGGCGCGAGCUUCGCCAACGGCCCGUCCCCACGCUCAUCGCCGCUGCCGCCGCCGCCGCCGCCACAGGACGGCAGCAUCAACAUCGGCAGCGACGCCAACACCAUCGACAACCACGGCCACGACCACGGCCACGGCCACGGCGGUACCAACCCCGCGGCGCGGCAGCAGACUCCGGACUGUUCCGGCCUGCGCGCGGCGGUGCGGGCGGUGGUGGUGGACGGAGUGAGCUAUGACCUGACGGGGUGGGCCGGGGACGAUCUGGGCCGGUUACUGGACGGUCUCGGUUCUCCCUCUUCUUCUUCUUCUUCGUCGUCGUCGUCACCCCCCUUCUCCUCCUCCUCCACCACCACCUCUUCCACCACCAUCACCACCCUUUCUUCUGCUUCCACUGCUGUCGCUUCGGGCGAGGGAAAGCAGCAAGGAGGACCAGGCGGAAGAGGGGCGACGACGAGAACGAGAACGAUGCCGAGGUUCGAGGUGGACGUCUGGAGCGACGACGAUGACGGCCUCCCAGGGAACAACAACAUGCCGGCGACCGCGACUACGACGACCCCGCCCGGGCUGUACGGCGGCGCCGACCCCAGUAGGGCCCGGCCGACGACGACGUCCGGGUUCGGGUAUGGGGCACCGUCGACGGGGGGUAACGGCUUCUCGUCGUGCGGCGGUGCCGGGAGCUACGCUCCGCAGGCUGUGACGGCUGGGGCGGUUGCUGCUGCUGCUGCUGCUGCUGCUGCUCCUCCUCCUUCUGCCCUUGCGAACGGGUCGCGGACGGGGUUUGCGUUGUCGUCGCCCGGGCUGGUGGCAUCGAUUUAGGGACGGUGUGGAAAGUGUGGGUGAUGUUUUCCCCCCCCUGUUUUCGGAAGCGAGGCGUGCGUCUGGUUGGUGGACUAACGAGUUGGUCGGCCAAGGGGAAGGAAAAUGUGGGAAUCAAGUGCCGAGGGCACGAAGGGUGAGGCUGCAGAGAGUGGCUCCAGAGCAGCUGAGGGUAGGAAACAUAUCAAGGGGGAGAUAGUCUUGGCCUCAAAGGGGAGGGGGGGGACCACAUGGGUAACAACGGCGCCAUUAUUCGGCACUUUUACACCAGUCUCGCUUCCUU